AUGGCUGCCUCAUCUAAAAAGGUUGGAUUAUCUAAAGGACUCAUGGCGCUCGGGUUCAUGCAACGCGGUCCGGCAGUAUCCCAAACCGAGCCUGCAAAACCUGUAGUGGUGGAAGACGGCAAGUGGGAACUCGGAAGUGCGAUGCAAGAAAGCUGGGGGCAAGACACGAGUAUCCCACAAACAGUGACGUACGAAGAGUCUUACCUGCCCUUUCUCACACCGGAGCACGCGUCUACCUCGCGCUUAGCGCCCGGAGGUGGAGGCCGCAAAUCUUUUGGGAGGUUCAACAAGUCGCUCGAAACUAGACCGGAAGAAGAGGAACUCGCGGCGGAUAUGAUGCCUGAACCAGAGUCAUCGCACGAGGAAGAGAGGGACAAACUCCCACGAGCUCGCAAGCUGGUCGUCAACCCCGCAUCUCUGAUUAGCGCUGAGCAAGUCAGGCGACCAUGGGAUCAGCGAACAGGUGAGGAGGUUGGACGACGGAAGGGCGGGAGGAGGGAGCAACGGGACGGUCGUGGGGAUUCGGUGAGCGUAGAUGAGAGGACACGAGGUGGAGAGGGUAGGUAUCGUCCCCGGUCUCCAAUAGGCGCGCCAGGAGCAAGUGAGGACAGGACCGUGAGGAAGAAUGGGAAGAAACGGAGCCGUGUGGAAGACGAGGAUAAGGAGGAGGACACGCACAGCAGACGAGAGAAGAAGCCAAAGAAAGACAAACAGAAAGAAAAGAACAAGGGGAAGCAGCGGUCGGAGUGA